AUGACUUCAAGUCUGCCCGUCACUUCUUUGGAUCACUUCCGCGGACUCACGGGAAGAUCCGACGUUGAAGGACUCGUGGCUGUAGUGACAGGCGGAAAGUCAGUGAGCGCUUUAGGAAGACAUGCUCUCAGCAAUGCUGCGAAUUUCCAGAAUGAUCUGGCAAGACACCAAGCUGACAUCCGCUGCUCCAUACAAUCCUUCGCUCAGCGCUGGUCUCGGACUGUAUGCGGCGCAAGCUCUUGCCUUGAAGUGAGUCGCUCGAUCCGAACAGUCCCAAAGUUCAGCCCUCGUCCUCCUACUGAGGGUCCGCACGGCGCGCCUUUUAACAGCGGCGCAAAGGUUUACAUCCUGGGUCGCAGAGACGACGUUUUGAAACAUGCGGCCAGUUCUCUGGAUGGCGUGAAUUCGGUCCAGGUGAGCCCGGUCGCCAACUUACGGACGCACUGCUCUGUGUAUGCGCUGAUCACCCCAUCUGCCCUCUGCGCAUCGAUAAAGGGCACCCUGAUACCCGUACAAGGUGAGCUGAACCUUGGCGGCGUGUCAGAAGCGUUCUUUGCAGUGCAGAGAUGUUGACACCUUUCUAUGCCUUCUUUUGAUCUAGCGGACGUCACUUCGAAGGAGUCACUGAAGAACGCAGUCGAUGUCAUAGAGAGCCAUCAGGGAGAGCGAGGCAUCGAUGUCUUGCUUUGCAACGCAGGUGCGCCUCGUUUGCAAGGGGUUUCGAGAGCAGGAACAGCUGCUGAUGAGCUGCUGUCAACGUUCUAUGCGCUCACUCGCAGGUGUUUCCGGGAAGAUGAUGGUGCGGUGAUCAGACUUGAUGCCAUCCUCUGUUGUCUCUGCAGCUUAUACGCGCUUGCUGUUUUUGCACUGACGCAGAAGAACUAUGGCAAAGGUGGAUACGACACGACGAACUUUGAAGCAAUCGUAUCGGAGUUAGACUCUUUCUCGCAGGAUGACUUCGACCACAUCUUCCACGUCAACGUCAUGGGUCCCUACCUCAGCUCCAUAGCCUUCCUCCAAACCCUGAGGAAAGGCAGCGAGUGGCACAAAGCUCAAGCAAAGAAGGAGGGUUCGGAAUGGCCAGCUUACACAAGUCAGGUCAUCGUUGUCAGCUCCAAUGCCGCCUCAAUCAAGUGAGUGAUGUCCGUUUCUCCUCGACCGUGUUCGUGCGUCUAGACUGCUGCCGAAGCUCAUUUCUGCUCCUUCCCCCCCUUUUGGAACGGCUCUUUUGGCAAGGCUACCGUGAGUACAUAAAAGCCUCACUUACGUUUCAUACUUGCCUGCUGAUCUGUCCGACAUCCUUGCAGUAUCGUCAACGCACUCUAGUGAGCUUCGUACAAAUUUCGCGUGCUUUUCGCGAUCACGAACACGAGCUGACCGGUUGCGCUCCCGCUUCUCAAGCAACGUGUCCAAAGCUGCCGCUUCGCACUGGAGCACCAUGCUCUCAUGUAUCCUAACCGACUCAUCCAUUCGCGUCAACACGUUGGAGCCUGGCCUUUAUCCCACAGAUAUGACCGGGGCGUCAUUGACAGAUCCAGGCACUGGACAUGGCGUGCUUAAAGGCACGAAUGGGGCAGAUAUUCCAGCUGGCCGAGCUGGUUUCCCGCACGAGUCAGUGUCAAGACGAUUCGAAGUCAUCGACUUAUCUCCGACGGUUGAAUCGAGCUCACACAGCUUCCUUUGCCACUGAUCUCCAGACACGCUGCGAGCGUCCUGUAUCUAAGCAGCCGCAACUCGCUCUUUGCAAAUGGGGCACGCCUCAGAGUAGAUGGUGGAGCGAUACUGAAUGUGAGUAGCAGCACACAUGUGGCGAAAGGAACUCGUGAAGCACACCUCUCACAUCUGGCGCGCCUAUUUUCCUGCGAUCAGGGCGCAGCUACCGACUAA